AUGUCAACAACGAUUCCAACUGACGAAAAAAAUUUGCCAUCGGCGGAAAAAAGGAUUCGUUCACGAUCGUUAAAACAGAAUUGCACUAGUGAGGAUUCUAGUAGUGCUAUAGUACCAUUUACUUCACUACCAACUGAAAUACCUUUCUUGAAUCCAGAAAAGCAUACGGAAACAAUUCCAUUUCGACGAUUUAUUUCAACACCUAAUCGAAUACCGUUAGCUCAAACAUUAGCUCAUAAGAAGUUACGCAAAUAUGCCAGUGAAGCAUGUUUUUCAUUGGAAGAUAGCAGUUCAUCCGAUUUGUUACCAAAAGAAAAGGAACAGAAGACAGCUAUUGGCAAACAUAAAAUAUUUUCGGUACAACCUGUUAAAACUGUUGACAAUCGUGAUACAUUAUUACUUCCGGAUGGUAGUGUUCCGUCUUUUCAACAUACUAAACGUGACGAUUCAGAAGGUGAAGCAAGUUAUUCUGGAAGUGAUGCAACUUUAGCCAGCACGUCAAUGACACCAAUUUUACGGCGGAAAUCAUGGCGAUCCAGUUUACAUCGACCAAAAAGUUCAGCAUUUAUGUAUGGAACAUUAUUUUCAUCCGAUAUGUAUAAUACUCCAACAUCGGCUACACUACCAUCCAUCGAUUCAUUGCAACAUAUCGGACUUGGAAUGUCCGGAAAUAUAGAAGAGCGUCGGAGCAGUAAUUUUUACGAUAUUGACGAUGACAGUUUGCACGAAUUCGACGAUGAGAAAGGUAACAACUUAUUUUUCAAACAGUUCAAUAUUUUCUAA